CCUCACCUUCUUCCGUCCGUUCCCUGAGAUUCCUUCCCCCACUCGCUCAACGUCUCCUCCAUUUCCUCCAAGAAUCAAGGAAACGGCCAACCACCACGAACCAGCACCGGGAGGGAGACCUGCCGCCGCCGGGAAGAGAAGAGAAUGCUGGAGGGCAAGGCGGUGGUGGAGGACACGGACAUGCCGGCGAGGAUGCAGGCCGCGGCGACGUCGGCCGCCUCCCGCGCGCUCGACCUCUUCGACGUCGACGACUGCCGCGCCAUCGCCGGCCACAUCAAGACGGAGUUCGAUCGGCGGUACGGCGUGGGGUGGCAGUGCGUGGUGGGCGCCAGCUUCGGGUGCUUCUUCACCCACUCCAGCGGCACCUUCAUCUACUUCUCCCUCGAGCGCCUCACCUUCCUCCUCUUCAAGGCCGCCGCCGUCACCGCCGCGACCUCGUGUGAUACGUCUGCGAUAUCUUGAUCUGCUCCUGUGCAGCUUCAAUCCUGAAGAACCUCAUUCGUCGGCGGCGGCGACGAGGGAUUCGGCCUCCAGACGUGCAAGGGAAAGGCCUCGUUCAGAAUCAGAAUCAGAGUUCAUGCCUGCAUGCUCUGCUGAACUCAAACGUGCCAGAUUUUGUACAUAGACCAUGCUCACCAAAUUGCAGAAUGUUGGCGA